AGCUAGAAAAACGCGCCGCGUAGCAGGGCAGCGGGCAGAGCGCCGGAGACCGCGCGAAGCCCCGUCCCGUCUCCUUCUGGCCCGGGGAGGCUCAGCGCCUGCGCGCUCCUGGCACCCGAGGAACUCUUCAAGCGUCUUCUCCGCCUCCCUCCGCAGCUCGCCUCGCCGCUUGGCGCCCAGAGACGAGCAGCCGCGGCGCGAUCAUGUCUCCCGCCGGGGCUCGGACGCUGCUGGCCGCUGCGCUCGCCGUGGCGAUCCUCGGCCCGCUAAAAGCACGAGCAGGCGACGCGCCGGCAGCGGCAGCGACCGAGAGGCGCUUCGCUCAGGAUGUCCUGGCCAUGUUCGGAGGCAACCGGAGCCUCUCGCCCGGCCAGGUGAACCAAAUGCUGCAGCGCUUGGGAGCCGCGCACAGGCUGGAGGAUUCGCUGCCCGGACAGCUGGAGCUGCACUUCAACCAGUGCAUGUCUGCCGAAGACAUCCUUUCUGUCCACGGAAUGCCAAACAGCAGCAAGAUAACGGAUUCCAGCUUGUCCACAAUAUGCCCUGCUGUCUUACAACAGCUGAUUUUUCAUCCUUGUGAAAGGGCCCUGUCCAAAGGCAAUUCUAAGCCAACAUCUACCGAAGUUUGGGGCUAUGGUUUCCUCGCCGUGACUAUUAUCAACUUUGCAUCACUUCUUGGAUUGGUUUUAACUCCUCUUUUAAGGAAGCCAUAUUUUCCCAAGAUUUUAACCUACUUUGUAGGAUUGGCCAUUGGAACACUCUUUUCCAAUGCAAUUUUUCAGCUUAUACCAGAGGCAUUCGGAUUUGAUCCCAAAAUAGACAACUACAUUGAAAAAGCUGUGGCUGUGUUUGGUGGAUUCUACAUUCUCUUCUUUGUGGAAAGAAUUCUUAAAAUGAUACUGAAGACUUAUAGCCAGAUGGGCCAUGGCCACUCUGACCCUGAAGAACUGAAAGCUCCCCAAAAUCUUCCUCUUCCACCCAACCCCUUCAAACCCACUAAUGGAACAGCUAUGUGUUAUGCAAACCCAGCUAUAGCUGAGGCUAAUGGGACCCUGAAUUUCGACCGCCUCAGUGUGGUCUCUGGUCAGAAAGAAGAAACCCAAAGCAGUUGGUGUCACUGUUUCAAGGGACCUUCGUUGUCUGAGAUUGGAACAAUUGCCUGGAUGAUCACCUUGAGCGAUGCUCUGCAUAACUUCAUUGAUGGACUUGCCAUCGGUGCUUCUUUCACACUUUCCCUGCUUCAGGGAAUUAGCACAUCUAUCGCAAUCUUGUGUGAAGAGUUUCCUCAUGAACUGGGGGAUUUCGUCAUCCUCCUUAACGCAGGGAUGAGCACGCGGCAGGCCUUGUUUUUCAACUUCCUGUCAGCGUGCUCCUGUUACGUUGGCCUGGCUUUUGGUAUAAUAGUGGGAAACAACUUUGAACCAAAUGUUAUCUUUGCCAUAGCCGGAGGCAUGUUCCUGUAUAUUUCCCUAGCAGAUAUGUUCCCAGAGAUGAACGACAUGAUGAGAGAAAAAGUAACGGGGAGGAAAACUGAUCUAGCCUUUUUCCUGAUCCAAAACGCUGGCUUGCUCACAGGGUUUGCUGCAAUACUGCUGAUCACCCUCUACGCAGGAGACAUUGAACUGGAAUGAUGUAAUCCUGGAAGACAUCUAGAUUUUUUUUUUUAAAAAAAAGGAAGAACUCUAGAAAUCCAUAAAGGGACAUGGAAGACUUUUCCUCAGCAUUUGGGGAAAAAAACCCCUAAGCAGUUGGGUGACAGAGGCUCCAUCAACUCCAUUUGUUACAAUCCUGUAUCUUCUGAAAGGUGUGGAAGCUCUGACACACGUGGGGGCUCUGCCUCGCCUGCAAACACUGCAGUGCUCAUUCUAAUGGAGACAUCACUUUCCUUUGAGUUCUGGCACAAACAGGACUUUGGAGUGGGCUUUUCGUGUCCCUAAUUGAAAAAUCACCCACAGUGCCUAUACUGUAGUAAACGGGAAACAGAAGGUAUUGCAUGCAAUUCAGGUGGUGUACAGAUCAGUAAAUGCACGUGUGAUCUGUGAUCCAGACCAAAAUAAGUAUGAACUGGUCAACAAGGGUGUUUUUACAGAAGAAAAUGCUGCAGUUCCAAGCUUUGAUUUCACUGUGAUACAAGUAGGUUUCAAAAUAGGUUUAGGGUUUUUCUCUUUUAGAAGAAGUUUAAAAAAAAACUUGCUUCAGCAAGUUUGUAUAAAUGAUGCAAAGAUUCCAACUGCUAAUUAACCCUCAAUUAGUUUUACUGCAUACUUCUUUUGAUCUUUCUCUUUCAGUAUGUACAAGAGUUUAUUAUGGGAACCACAGUUUUAAUAAAUGAAAAGCAUGCUAAAAUCCCAACAAUUUAGUAUAUGUCCUGGUGGAAGCUGGGUUCAGGUAGCUGGCUCAAGGUUGACUCAGCCUUCCAUCCAUCCGAGGUUGGUAAAAUGAAUACCCAGUUUCCUGGGGGUAAAGUGUAGAUGACUGGGGAAGGCAAUGGCAAACCACACCAUAACAAAAAGUCUGCCAAAAAAAGUCAUGAUGCGACGUCCCCCCAUGGGUCAGCAAUGACUUGGUGCUUGCACCUUUACCUUUUUACCUAUAGUGCUUAAUAAUUCCAAGUUUCUACUUUGGUUGAAUGUACAGUUAGUGGACAAUAGCAGCAAAAAUAAGACACUGCUGAUGCACAAUCUCCAGGCUCCCCACUGGAAGUUGCGUGGGAGAGCUGCAAUGCUUGAUGGAUUGUAUACUCACUUUAGUAGUUCCUUGGAGUGGUGAGACCUCAGAGGUACCCCCAGGGCUCCUCCUCCCAUAGGAAUUUCCCUUUCACUUCUUUGGAAAGAACACCAAACAUCUACAAUGGUGUAUUUGUAUGGGGCUGACUCCUCUAUUAAGCUGUAUUGGGGAGGUUGCUCGGGUUCCAUAGAGACAUUAGAGUGAGCAUGGAGCUCUGGAACAAGGACAUGGAUUAAGGUUGUCAAGUGAACAUUCAGGCCUUUUUUAAAUGAACCUAUAAACUGCCUUAGGAUGGAUUCAUUCUUGUGGUCCAUACAGCCUAGUUUUGCCUUAUCUGGCUGGUAGCAAUGACUCUGUAGGAUCUCAAGAAUGGGUGUAGUCUAUCUCUUCUGACUGAGAACCUUUACCAAAGAGAGGGGCUACUGGCGUUGGGGCCUUAAGCAUGCAAUGCACUUGUUCUACCACGGGACCUUUGCCCCUGUCUAUAAUGUGCCCAAUUUUCAUACACAGGUAACUGGCAAGAAGAAAAUAUGCUUCAAGCAUUCAUGUCUACGAUUCUGCAUUUUUAUGGGUAGAUAUUCUCACUAUAAUUCAAGAAGUGCCAAUCAUAUUACUUGCACUCCAAAACCUAUGUAUAUGAACUUUUGCAAAUAUAUAAAUAAUUUCAGGCAGAAAUAGGAAGGGUAUAUUUCUUUCAUUACUACUGCUGUGCCCUGACCUGGAUAACACAGACAAGCCCCAUCUACUCAGAUCUUGGAAGCUAAGCAGGGUCAGCCUUGGUUAUUAAUUGGAUGGGAGACCUCCAAAGACCAAGGCUGCUAAGCAAAAGCAGGCAAUGGCAAACCACCUCUGUUAGUCCCUUGCCUUGAAAACCCCAGCAGGGGUUGCCAUAAGUCAAGUAUGACUUGAGAGCACUCUCCACCACCACCACCACCACCACCACCAUAUUACCACUGUAUGGAGGAAUUGUGCAAUAUUUAUGAUGAAGUUAUGUGUAUGUUUUGACAGUACAAAGAAACUUUCACUAAUGCACUACUUUUAAGUGUAUGUGGUGCUCACACUUGUCUUUCUGCCUUUGGAUGAAGACUGAACCAUUCCUUAUACAUUGUUGAAAUAUUUCCCAUGAAGCAAUAAAAUUGGUAUAUUAAACAUUUAAA